AUGUACAAAGAACGGGAUAUUCAGGCUAUUGCUACGAAAGCACUUUUCCGAAAGGUAUUUAAUACAGAGUUCAAUCUUGGAUUUGGAUCAUCUAAAACUGAUAUUUGCUCAACAUGCCUACAGUUUCAAGAAAAAAUAAAGUUUGAGACUGAUAUUGCUAAGAAAACGAAACUGAUGACUUCAAAACAAGUUCAUUCUCUUCAAGCAAAAGAUUUUUAUGAUGUUUUGAAAUCAAAGCCUGCAGGAGUUAUCACAUUUUCCUUUGACUGUCAAAAGAGUCAGCCGUUACCUAAAUUACACGACCAGUCAACCUACUAUAGCAGAUAA